AUGAAACCUGUGGACGGCUUCAACCAAGGUCUCAGACGAACAGUGUUAAGCAAGAAAAGACCCCUCAAAAAUAGGUAUGUGAAUGUUUGUAUGUUAAUCACUUGUUUCCAGACAAAUCGGCGGCUCCAAUUCGAGUGUCUAUGGGGAAAUUGUGAACGGAACACAACGAAGGAACCAGAGACAAGAAGUCCUGGAGAUGUCGCCAUUAGCAAAAGCAUCUUUUACAAAUCGGCCCGAUUCACUAAAGUCCAAACACGCUUUCGAUUCCGACAGAGCCGACAAAGAACAUGAAGCCGACCCCCUAAUUGAACAAUUUAAAAUUGACAACGACCAGAGUCUUGAACAACAACAAGAUAUAAUCAAGAAGAAAGUAGAAAGACGAUCUACUCGAAUCACCCAUCAGUUCCAUCGGCUUCGCAACCAUCUUCAAGUGAUCAGAAGGAAGAAUCAGGAAAUAGAGACCAGUACAGAGUUGGCCAACGAACACAAGGCGAGUCGAGUGUUAGCUGUCGUUUUCACAUGUUUCUUUACUUGCUGGACGCCCUUUUUCAUCAUGAAUUUCACGAUGGGAUUCUGUGGAGACACUUGCUCAGUUCCAACACGAAUCGCUUCCAUUAUUCUGUGGCUGGGGUACUUAAGCAGUACGCUUAAUCCAAUUAUUUAUACUAUAUUCAAUCGCCGUUUCCGAGAAGCGUUCAUAAAGAUUCUCAAGUGCAAAUGUUUCUCAUCCGACAAUAACUAUACCAGAAGCCAAGUGUAUCUCACAACUGACCCGACAUGGUAAGUCCAAUAGAAUCAGUUUUGUCAUUAUAUUAACAGUUUUUAUAAAACUUGUUAUUACUAUACUUCAUCACACAAACAUCUCAUAAAUAUGUUAUAGGUCGUGUAUAGACAAAUCAUAUCAACAAAAAGAGAGCGUAGCUGCUCUAAAUGGUAAUAAUUCCCUAACCACAACAACCACAUUAUGUGUGCCUAACAAAACCGAUAUCCGAAAACAAAGACAAAAGCUCAGAACUCAGCACAGUCACGAUGAACCGUCUAUUCAAAGGCGUUUGAGUGUCCACUUCCCCAAAGCUCGACGUAAUUCGGACACACUUAACCCACAGUAA